GAAAGGAGCUCUCAGUAAAAAAUGUCGUGGAUCAGAGAGGGCGAGCUGACCAUCAUAGAGAGGUUCUGUGCCAACAUCAUUAAGAUGAGCAGGACUGCAGGCAGUGCUCGCCAAUAAGGAUCUGUGCCCUGGCUGAGGAAGGAGGGAGAGAAGAGAGAUCCUCACGCUGGGAGCUGAAGGAAGGAAACUGAGCCUUGGAACCAAAACUCACCAGUUCCAGGAAAAUUCUCUCCUUGCUCAGGCUUGAGACCCACUCUGGUGCUGCCCUAGUGAGGCAGGUCCAAUGCCCAAGCACGUGGCCUUCAUCAUGGAUGGCAAUCGCCGCUACGCCCAGAAGUGUCACGUGGAGAGGCAGCAGGGACAUUCCCAAGGCUUUGAUAAGCUGGCACAGACCCUGCGCUGGUGCUUGAACCUGGGCAUCCGGGAGGUGACAGUCUAUGCCUUCAGCAUUGAGAACUUCAAGCGCUCCAAGGAGGAGGUGGAUGGGCUCAUGGACCUGGCCAGACAGAAGUUCAGCCGCCUCCUGGAGGAGCAGGAGAACCUGAAGAAGCACGGGGUGUGCAUCCGUGUCCUGGGGGAUCUGCCCCUCCUGCCCGUGGACAUCCAGGAGCUGAUUGCCCAAGCUGUGCUGGCAACCAGGAACUACAACAAGUGCUUUCUGAACGUCUGCUUUGCUUACACAUCGAGACACGAGAUCAGCAAUGCUGUCAGGGAGAUGGCCUGGGGGGUGGAGCAAGGACUGCUGGAGCCCAGUGACGUGUCAGAAUCGCUGCUGGAUAAGUGUCUGUACACCAACAACUCCCCCGACCCAGACCUGCUGAUAAGAACCUCGGGAGAGGUUCGCCUCAGUGACUUCUUGCUCUGGCAGACAUCCCAUUCAUGCCUGGUGUUUCAAUCGGUCUUGUGGCCAGAAUAUUCCUUUUGGAACUUGUGUGAAGCUAUCCUUCAGUUCCAGAUGAACUACAGUGCUUUACAGAAGGCCAGAGACUCCUACCUGGAGGAGAGGAGGCGGCAGCAGAUGGAGAGGGACCAGGCUUACGUGACCCAGAAGCUGCAGCAGGAGGGGUUUGUGUCCCACGGAGACUCGCGGCGCCGGCGCACGCUGCUGCAGAAAUGCACGGCCCUGAGGGAGGAGAGGAUCCAGGGCUUCCUGCAGGCCCUGGAGCACAAGAGAGCAGACUUCUUGGAGAGACUGUGCCCGGUGUCUGCGUGACACAGGUGCUGGGCUCUGGGGAACGCAGCGUUCAGAGCCAGCAGCUGCUGCCCAGAGGGACUGCCCUGCCCUGGGCAGCCCGGGCUGCUCCAGGAGCUCCUCCCGUCCUGCCAGCCCUGCCCGGAGCAGGGAUGGCUGCUGUGACCUCUCCUGGCCUGUGAUGCUGCUGAGGAAGGUGGUGCCGUCCUGUGUCACCUCCCUGCCCUGGUGACAGAUUCCUGCACCCUGCUGGGUGUCUGCUGCUGGUCCUGGACAGGCCAGGUGUUCCGGUGACAAGAAGUUAACUGCAGUGAGCCUCCUCCAGCUCUCUGGCUGCUCCUGAGCUGGCUCAGCCACGCCAGUCCAGUCCUGUUAAAUCAGUCUGGGCUCGGGUUCUUCCCCUGGCUUUGCAGUAGGGACUCUUCUGUUGAGAUGUCCUCUGCUGUCCCAUCAAGAGAGCCCUGCCUCCUGCAGGGAGAGGAUUGUUCUGCUGUCAGGGCAUUCCCCACUGCCUGCUCGCUCAGAGCAUCUUGUCUUUUCCCCACCUGACUGCUGGGUGGGGUGUCUCCACUCCUGGUCUCCAGAGAGCUAGAGGAAGGGCUCCCAGCCUCGCUGUAAAGAAAAAAAAGCUGCUCCAAAGCUUCAGCAGGUUCUGAGAUCUCUCCUGAGCAGCGUACUGGGGAAAAGCCAGGUGCAGGAGGUGCUGUGUUGGGCCACACCGACCUUGGGAAAGGCUCUGAGCAGGCAGGGAGCAAGGGCUGGGAAUGAGCCUUGUCAUGAAGGAAACUGGCUGAACACGGGUGAUGGCCACCAUGAGCCAGACCCUCUGAGGGAGCUGCAGGGAAUGAGGGUGGCUGCAGUUCAGGAAUGCAGGAGCCAAAACCAGCCUCUGAGCCCAGCCAGGGUGGUUCAGAAGGGCAGCCUGGCUGAUACUGAGGGGAGCGGCCGGAGCAGCUGUGGAGUGCUGCUUGUGCUCAGUUUUCCCUUGGCAGGGGGAUGGACAAGCUGAUUUCCGAGGUUGCUUCCAUCUCUCGUUCCUCCUGGUUUCCGUCCCCACGAUCAAAACAUCUGGAAAUGUCCUGAUUUCUGCUCCUGAUGCACACACACGUGUGGCAGUACCAGCUGUUGCUGGGUUUGAAGUGUUCCUUCUUACCUCCAGGUGAAAACCACAAAAUGCAGAUUUAAGAGCCUUGUAAGUGCUGCACACUGAGCACUUGGCCUGUGAUUGUGAAGAACUGUGUAGUCAAACUGGGAAUAAAGUAUAUUCAUACCAAA